UUAGAAUUAUGGGAUUCUGCUAUAAGUAAUAUAAUUCAGAUAUAAUUUUAUGUUUCAUUUGUGUAUUUCUAAAAUUAUUAAUGGAAAAAAGAAUUAAUGAGUUAAUAGAUAUCAGUAGUGAGUUAAAAUCAAUUAAAGAGAAUUUACGAAAAUUAGGCCCAAGUCGCAGAAAAGGUAGUAAUUUUGAAAGUAAAAUCGCAGAUGCAAAAUAUUUGUACGAGUUGUUUUUGAAAACAAAACCUGAUUUGCCAAAAGAUAUCUCUAACGAGGUAAUUUUGAUUUGCAGAACUAUUAACAGUUGUUACUCAGAUAUUUUGAAUUACGAAAACCAGUAUUUGGAAAGUAUAAAUAUUAAUAAUCAAGGAAAUACGAAUAUAGACAAAAUGACAGACAGCGGCGAAAGGUUUUGUCUCAAAACAGCUACAAGUUUGCUUCCUAAGCUAACUGGCAAUGAAAAUGUGACCCAAGAGUUAAUUGACGCGAUCGAGUUAUAUGAGACAAUGCUUUGUGGGACUGAUAAGCAGUUGAUGAUAAGAUUUGUUUUAAAAACACGUCUCACUCCAGGUGCUAAAAUGCGUUUGUCUUCUUCAUACAAAACAGUUAGUGAGCUUUUAACUGACAUGAAAACCCAUCUUCUAACUCGUCAGUCAGAUACCACACUUCAGUCUAAAUUACAAAUGGCUAAACAGGGUGAUAGGACAGUACAGCAGUUCGGAGAAGAAAUAGAGAAUCUUUUCGUUAAUCUGACCAUUACUCAGGCUUCAGGUAGUGAUGCAGCGUAUAAGGUACUAAGACCAAUCAACGAGCGAAACGCUAUAAAGCGCUUUGCUGAGGGGCUGCGGAGCCAGAGGCUUGGUACUAUUAUUGCAUCAAGGAACUUGACUACAUUGAAGGAUGCGAUAAGGGUUGCCGAAGACGAGUCAAGCACAUCUUCAGAACAGGUAAUGUCUUAUUCUAGAAGGGGACCACGUUAUUCAUACAAUAACAGAGGAAUUCAUCGUGGAUUCAAUCGCGGAUAUAAUCGUGGUAAUUACAAUCGAUAUUAUUCCAAUAAUAACGCGCAAAAUAAAAGUAGGUCAGUGCAGCAAAAUGCAGGCACGUGGCGCGCCGGCGGCCGGAGUCGCGGAUACGGCGGCGCCAGCGCAUCAAAUUACGCAGGUAUGUCGCAACGCGGACAGCGCGGGUCAUACCAGCGUAACCGUACUUUCCGAGGAGGGUUGAAUCAUUUCAACCAUAAUGACGUUGUCAACUCGUCACAGCCACGGGAAGUAACGCGUGAUGAUGAUGAGGAGAAUGAUCUGCAACGUUUAUUUCGUCCCUAAACAAAUAUUAGUAUGCGAUAGUAUAAAUUGGGUAGAAUUUAAAAUAGAUGAUAUAAGUUUAGAGUGGUUAGUAGACACAGGAGCGUCCUUGUCGGCAGUUAAUUACGAUAUUUUAAGUAAGUUGAGUAAUAUUAAAUUAUAUAGUAGUAAUAUUGAAGUAAAUGGAGUAGGAGGAAGUUUAGUUUCAGACGGUUAUGUCUAUUUACCAUUACAAUCUGAUGACCACAUAUUCCUACAUAAAUUUUAUGUAUUUAAAAAUCUACCGUGCAAGGCCAUAGGUAUUAUAGGUCAAGAUUUUAUUAAAAAGUACUACGGUACAGUCGAUUACAAUAAUGACACAUUGACUCUCAGACACAACGCGAUUGUAACCUUGCCUUUGCAUUUUUAUAAUUAUUCUUUGACGAUAUCGCCUCGGUGCGAAGUAGUGAAACUUAUACCUACUCAAAUGAAAUGCGAUUGUGUAAUUAUUUCAAAGGAAAUACAAGAGGGAGUGUUUGUUGCGAGUGCAGCGACUACCCCUAAAAAUGGUAAAAUUCCUAUUAGAAUUUUAAACACAACAUCAAAUGAAGUACAAGUUGAUUUAACAAACUUAGAACUUGACAGUUUAAACAAUUAUGUAUGUUGUACAUUUCAG